CACAGCAAGAACACAAUGAGUGGCCGCGGAAAGGGAGGUAAAGGACUCGGAAAAGGAGGCGCCAAACGUCACCGUAAAGUCCUCCGUGAUAACAUCCAGGGAAUCACCAAGCCCGCUAUCCGCCGCUUAGCUCGCCGCGGUGGAGUCAAGCGUAUCUCUGGCCUCAUCUACGAGGAGACCCGCGGUGUGCUCAAGGUCUUCCUGGAGAAYGUCAUCCGUGAUGCCGUCACCUACACCGAGCACGCCAAGAGAAAGACCGUGACCGCUAUGGAUGUGGUGUACGCUCUCAAGAGGCAGGGCCGCACUCUGUACGGCUUCGGAGGUUAAAUCUACCAGCUAUUUACUAAAGACCAACGGCUCUUUUCAGAGCCACC